UCAAGAUUCAGAUGCUGUUGUUUUUCACUUUCAUCUGAGAUCAAUAUUUCUUAGUUCUGCUCUUUCAUAUUCUUCAUCAUGAGCACUCCACCUUGCUUCAGUGACAUUGGCAAGAACGCCAGCGACCUUUUCAAGAAGGGUUAUUCCCAUGGACAGGUGAAGCUCGAGGCCUCCUCUCAGGCCAAGAAUGGCUGUGAGUUCAAGGCCAUCACCACAUCGGAGGGCUCUCGCAUUUCUGGCAGCCUGGAGACCAAGCAGAGGGUGUCCAAGUAUGGCUUGACCCUCACUGGCAAGUGGAACACGGACAACGCAUUCAACGUGAACGUGGCUGUGGAGAACCAGUUCGUUGAUGGACUGAAGCUGACCUUGGACUCGACCAUUGCUCCCCACACUAGCAGGAAGAGCAACAAGGCCAAGGCUGCAUACAAACGUCCCCAUUUCAAUGGAGCUGCAUCCGUGAAUGUGGACGCUAAGGGCACCACCCUGAGCGUUGAGGACGUGUUCAGCUAUGAGAAGGUUGUAGGUGGCUUCAGCACCUCGUACAAUGUCACCAACGGCCAGCUGGGCAACCACAGUAUUCAGCUGGGUUACGAAUCAUCGGACUUCGCCUGCGCCGCUGGUGUGUCCAACUUCACGCGCGACCAGGGCAUGGAGAUCACUGGAUCUCUGUUCCACAAGGUGUGCAGCAAGCUGCACGCAGGCGCACAGGCCCGCCAUGUUGCCGGUGUGGCCGACAGCAGCUCGAUCGAGAUCGCCACCAAAUACGCCAGCGACCCGUCCUCCACCCUGCAAGCCAAGGUCAACACCCGCGGCCUUCUCGGUCUGUCCUAUGCCGUCAACAUGCGCAAGGGUGUCAAGAUCACGCUGUCGUCGCUCGUCGACGCCGUGCACCUGGACCAGCCCAACCAUCGUCUCGGUGUCUCCAUCGACCUCUCCGGCAAGUGAUUUCUCUGCUGCUGCUAGUUUUAUCAUCUUCGCCACUCACCGUCUGUGUCACGUCGUCACCAUGUGACCAUCAUGCAUCCAUUACCUAAUACCUAUACUCCAACGAAGCUUGCAUCCACGACUCCUCAGACAGCCUAGCAGGUGUCUUCUGCUACCAUCCCUAUGGUCUAGUGCUCAAUGUUUUGUUUUUUAUUGUUUAUUAUUAAAGAUACCAUUUGCGGGCACUGCUUUCCCACGCUGCCCCUCAUCCGGAACCGGUUUCUCGGUGUAACUAGACCAUCCAUUUGUUGAUCAUGCCUAUGCUGGAUCCUGACCCGUAGCAAGUACACACUGUACACGUACUCUACUUGAA